AUGGGAAAGGGGAGUGGUGCGAAGGAUAAACCUGCUGUGGUGAAGUUGAGGGACUACCGGCGACUGCUGAAAAAGCAAGACCAUUUUACUGAUGAGCAAAAGGCGGACAUUGUUGCGAAGAUUCAAGCGUUGGAAGCAGCGUUAGGGAUGAAGACGAAAGUGGCUGGGGUGCGUGGUGAGCUUUCCACGUUGCGCAAGAAGUAUUUAAAGACGCGCGACGAAGAAUUAAAACGGACGUUGCUGGCGAAACAGGGCGAGCUCAACAAGGCCAGACGCCUUAAGUUCCAGACUGAGAGGGAACGCUUCCUUAAAGACCGACAAAAGAGGCGUCAGGAAUCGAGGAGGGCAUAUAACGACGAAAAUCGAGUGGACGUCGGUGCAGAUGAUUAA